AUGAUUCGCCUUGGCCUCAAGGAUUCUCGAGCUUCGAUACUUACUUGUUUCCGUCAAAUGCAGAGGCUCAUUGACAAGAUCCUUAUCAUACCAACACCCUACGAUGCUAUUACGAUCCUCCACCGGCUGUUUGUCCACCGGCUGUCUGAUUUGCUUGCACAUAAAAUGUGCAAGCCUCAGCAGGAUGCCAAGGACAUCGUCUUCUACCACGAUCCCGAUGAUUCUGUCCCCCUUGACACCACGUCCUCUGCCCCCCAGCCAUCAUCAUCUACUAAUCCUCCUCAGGAUGCCUUCUCUAUGCUACUGAAUACUGGGUGCAAACCAACACCAGUUACAGCUGGUGCUCGACGAUCCAUUCGGACCUCUAAGCCAUCUGCUCGCCUCCGGGAUGCUGAGAACAUUUAUUCAACCUCGACCUCCACCAGCUCAACAAACCGCAAAUCUCGUGCCUUCUUCAAGAAGGCCUGCAAAGAGGAGAACGUACCCGAGCUGGAGUUAUUGCAGUGGAUCAGAACUCGUUGGGCUUCCUUAUACAAAUGUCUUGACCGCAUGCUACUCUUACGUCGGGCCGUCAACCGUUUCACCAAUCUCGCUGACGAAAGCAAAGAAGUGCCAAAUCUUCGUAACAAGUCUUACGAUGAUUUCAAGCUCGGCCGGAGUGACUGGAGACACCUCAGACUCGUUCAUCAAGUCCUGAAGGAGCCGGCUACCGCCCAGCAAACUUUCUCCUCCACGAAACACCCUACUGCAUGGCAAACGAUACCUACAUUGGAGUGCCUGGCUGACCGGUGGCAAGAGAUGGCCAAUGAUAUACAGUAUGCACCAAUCGCCGAUGCAAUCAAGCAAGGACUCAAGAACGUCAACAAAUACUACAAGAAAACAAGCGACUCGGAUGUAUAUUUUAUUUGUCUCGUCCUUGACCCCAACUAUAAGCUUGCUUAUGUUGAAGAACGGUGGGACAGUCAAGACGUUGCGGAUGGGAGGGCUCACCUCGAGACUGUUUUUGAUGAGUACUAUAAACCACCAACUCGGACGCCUGUCGAUGAACCUGCUCCGCCAACAAGACCCUCGCUGGAAAACCGGUAUGGUGAUGCAUGGAUGCGCGAGGCCAUUAAGGCGCGUCAAGCUGCAGACCAACUUACUCGCAAUCCUCGUCAAGAACUCACGGUGUAUCUGUCUUCACCACUAGAGGAGGCCAAUGAUGUUGUUGCCUGGCUAAAAUAUUGGAUGAUGACGCUGAUAGUUCCAGACCCUUCAGUCACUUUCCAUGUAGAACCCUGGCUCCGGAUGUGCCAAAAGUCUGUAGAAUCAUGGCCAGCCAGUCACUGGCCGGAGUAUGCAAACUCCAGCUGGCCGGACUGGCCGGAAAUCAAGAAUCAAACUGGCCAGGACACAAUGUUGAAACUGAUAACUGGCCAGUCUUGGUUCUACAUGUUGUAA